AUAUUUUUAUCCUUUUUCAUCUAGAAUGUCUUUUUAGUGUUUUGUUUUUUUCACAUCUUGUUCUCACAUCUUUCUAUCCUGUUUUCAUUGGGUCGAUGUCUUCUUGGAAUCUGCUGAGAAUAUCAACUUGUUCCCUGAAAUUUUCUAGUGCCUCCCUUAGAUCUUUUUUGAAAUCUGCUCUUAGAUGUCCAGUUUCUCCUUUCCUUUCCUUUGUGAAUUUGUCUUUCAUGUACUCAUUGUUAGGAUUUCCAAGUGUAAUGUUUUGUCAUCCAGCAGUGACUUGACCUUAGGCCCUCUAUCCAAAAGCCUGGGAAGCAGCACAGUCAGUUGCGUGGGCCACACAUCGAACACUAUAAAAACCUACGGACUUCUAUUGGGUUCUUUUCUGCCAGGGACACACCGACAGACCGGCGUUGGACUCCAUUCGCAGCUGACGUAGGCAUACACCGUGCACUGCUGUAGGGCAGAACACGGGAACACCACUUCCCGCUUUCCUUUAGCAUUUAAAAAGAUGUGGGUCGCGACCCAUUUGAAAGUCCUGAAGGCAAUAUAAUGGGCCGCGACAAGAAAUUUUAAAAUGACGAACAAAUAGAGCACUAAAUAGAAUGCAGAACAAGUAGUAAAGGCAAAUAAUGAAUUGUGCAGUGUUUCUCUGCGUUUUAAAAUUAUACACGUGUGUAAAUGUGUAUCUCCUACACUACGUUCGGUCACACAAACUUGAGGGUCCCCAGGGUCCGGUUACUCCCACCAGAGACGUUCAGAAGCCAGGGACUGGCGCGGAGAACUCCCGGCCCCGCCCAACGGGAGCUCUGGGAAAUGGAGUCCGGCGUCGUGGAGCAUUCUGGGAACCGUAGUUCUGCGCGUCCGCCGGGCACGACGAGCGGGGGGAGGGGCUCUCUCCGCGCGACCGGAAGUGGCCGUUGAAGCCGGCAGAGGUUGGCGCUGGGGAAGUGCACCCUCUUCGGCUGCCUUCGCUAGGUCUGGUGCCGGUCCCGGCGCUUCCGGACGCGCGAGCUGAGAGUGUGGAGCGCCCUAGAGGGAGGGAAGCCCAGGUAUCACCAUGGCAACCGCCAGCCUUGCGGCUGCGUGACGUCAUCCUCCUCGCCCCGCUGGAAGCGGCCUCUGCGAGAGGGAGCUGGGGAGUCCUCGGAGGGGGCGCCCCUCGCCUCCCUCCGUGCGGGGCGGUUCCGCCCUGAUCCCUUGGAGGGCUUUGUUCUUUUGUUCCGGUCUGGGAGGAAGGACUGGGAGCGGGCCCCGCCCCGCCGCUCCACCUUCCAGCGUUUCCACCCCGCAACAGGGCUGCCCCGCUCCGCCCGUGUAAGGGCUCAGCCGGCGCAGACUCCUGGCCGGACACCUGAGCCCCCCAGACCGAGGCCCCCGCUGGAAGGACGCUGCUUGAGAAAUCCUGGUGUCUAGGCUCCGGAGGAACGGAAUGAGCUCCUGAGAUGGAAGGUAGUGGGGACUGGAGGGGGGACAGAGGGCUGAUGGAGGCAAAAGAACAGUGAGGACCGGAAGAUCGACUACUUGACAGAACUCACUGGUCGAGGUGGAAGUUGGGGGGUGGGGGGGGGGUGGGGAGCUUAUCUUAGGGAUAGAGAAAAACUGCAUUACAUCAAGGGGAGAGAGUCUUACAUUCAUAUGGAGAGACUUGCAGGAAGAGUUAAGUCUCCCUGGCUUCGGGAUUGGGGAAUGAGAAGGAGAGAUGAUUCAGAAUGUCUGUGAUCCUCACGUGACUUCUGUUUCUUAAAUAUUAGAAUGGUAAACUUGCAGUCAGAAAAAAUCUUGGUAAUCUUCCCUUCAGUGCAAGAAUUAAAGUGUCCCUUGCUGAUGGCCGUCUGUCAAGCCUAUGCGAAGUGUGGCGUCAAACUCCAUUUUGGGUGCAGACUGGUCCCUUGUUGGCUCUUUUUUUUUAGUUCCUUCUAUUAGGCAGAAGUGCCCAGCCCUGUAACUUCUGUGUUGGAUCUUAGUUCUUAGUCUCCGAAAGCAAGAGACUGUUCUCUCUUCCACAUUACUGCCCUCCAGAAUGUGAAUUCAGCUGUUACAACUCCUACUCGCACAUUCUUUUCUUUUCUAAGCAAAACCGUCUCAGCUCCGUUGAUGGAUCUGAUAGGACACAUCUGGACCUCUUCGACUCUCCUGCAGGAGAGCAUGCUUCUUAAAAUGCACUGCCUGAAAUGAAACAUAGUUCUUUACAAAUGCUUUGAAAAACACCUAAAAGGACGAAUUUGUUUGAAUUCUAUUUCUGCUGUGCAGCAUCAGGUUACGUUUGUUUUGAAAAAAAUCAGCGAUAUUGUGCUGUAAGCCCUAGAUCUUUUUUACAUAACUGUAGGGAAGUAGAUUUAUGCCAUCCUGUGUAAGAGAAUUGUUUUUUAUCCUUAAAUAUCAGGACUUCACAUAUAUGAUUGUUUAGGGGUUUUUCCAGCUUGUCAGAAUAAUUACGAAUCUUCAUCUAUUCAGUGUUUUUUUUGUUUUUGUUUUUACAUAUAUUUGUUGUAAGUAGGCUCCACACAUCGAACUCAUGACCUUGAGAUCGAGAGGCACAGGGUCUACCGACCGAACCAUCCAGGUUCAGAGUAAGGACAGAGCCCUGUGACCUGUCAUUAUAGACUUUCCUCUGUAUUGUCACUGUCUUUACAUUGUUCAGAUAUGGCCAUCAAGUCAGAUCCGACCUCUUCGGAGUCCACCCUUCUCCCAGGGGGACAUACUCUCCUCCCACCAGCCAGUUUUCACGAAUCCGUGACCUUCAAGGAUGUGAUAGUGGAUUUUACCCAGGAGGAAUGGAAACAGCUGGACCCUGUACAGAGAGACUUGUUCAGGGAUGUGACGCUGGAGAAUUAUACACACCUUGUCUCUAUAGGCCUCCAAGUCUCCAAACCUGACGUGAUUUCCCAGUUAGAACAAGGGACGGAGCCAUGGGUGGUGGAGUCCGGUGUUCUGGGAGCUACUGGCGGGGACCGUGACGUCGGACCAGAAGAUAGCCGAGCAGUCCCAGAGCCGGACAUUUCUGAAGAGCAGCCGUGUCAUGGGGCAGUGGUGGAAAACCACAAAAGGGAAGACCCUCACGGUUCUGACUUUUCAGAAAGUUGGGGGUACGAAGGCAGUCUGGAGAAGCGUCAGGCACACCAGCAGGUGCUGCCAAGAGAAAUAAAAAUAACCGAAAAGACAAUACCCACUUGGGAGAGAGGCCCUAUAAAUAAGGACUUUGAAAAAAGCAUCAGUGUAAGCUCAAACCUUGUGACACAGGAAACAUCUGCAGAAGAGACCGCUACUAAGACGAGCGUCAAACAGAAUACAAACCCGGUCAGAAAAGAGAAAUCUUGUAAGUGCAACGAAUGUGGGAAAGCGUUCAGUUACUGUUCUGCUCUCAUUCGCCAUCAGAGGACGCACACCGGGGAGAAGCCUUACAAAUGUAAUGAAUGUGAAAAAGCCUUCAGCCGGAGUGAAAACCUUAUCAACCAUCAAAGAAUUCACACUGGAGAUAAACCCUACAAAUGUGAUCAGUGUGGGAAGGGCUUCAUUGAGGGUCCGUCUCUUACUCAACAUCAAAGAAUCCACACUGGAGAAAAACCCUAUAAAUGUGACGAAUGUGGGAAAGCCUUCAGUCAGAGGACCCAUCUGGUGCAACACCAGAGGAUUCACACUGGGGAGAAACCGUACACCUGCAAUGAGUGUGGAAAAGCCUUCAGCCAGAGAGGCCACUUUAUGGAACAUCAGAAAAUUCACACGGGAGAAAAACCUUUCAAAUGUGAUGAAUGUGACAAAACCUUCACCAGGAGCACGCACCUUACUCAGCAUCAAAAAAUUCACACUGGAGAGAAGACCUAUAAAUGCAACGAAUGCGGGAAGGCCUUCAAUGGGCCCUCGACAUUUAUUCGUCACCAUAUGAUCCAUACUGGUGAAAAACCCUACGAAUGCAACGAAUGUGGGAAAGCCUUCAGUCAGCACUCCAACCUCACCCAACAUCAGAAAACGCACACCGGGGAGAAGCCGUACGACUGCGCCGAAUGCGGAAAGUCCUUCAGUUACUGGUCCUCCCUCGCUCAACAUCUGAAAAUUCACACCGGAGAGAAACCUUACAAGUGCAACGAAUGCGGGAAGGCCUUCAGUUACUGCUCGUCCCUGACGCAGCAUCGGAGAAUUCACACCAGGGAAAAGCCCUUUGAAUGCAAUGAGUGCGGAAAGGCUUUCAGUUACCUCUCCAACCUGAAUCAACAUCAGAAGACUCACACCCAGGAGAAAGCUUAUGAAUGUAAGGAGUGUGGGAAAGCCUUUAUUCGGAGUUCAUCUCUUGCUAAACACGAAAGAAUUCACACCGGUGAGAAGCCCUAUCAGUGUCACGAAUGCGGGAAAACCUUCAGUUACGGCUCCUCCCUGAUUCAGCACAGGAAGAUACACACCGGAGAAAGACCUUACAAGUGUAACGAGUGCGGGAGAGCCUUCAACCAGAACAUACACCUCACGCAACACAAGCGGAUUCACACGGGAGCAAAGCCUUAUGAGUGCGCGGAGUGUGGCAAAGCCUUCCGGCACUGUUCCUCUCUUGCUCAACAUCAAAAGACUCACACGGAAGAAAAACCCUACCAGUGUAAUAAAUGCGAAAAGGCUUUCAGCCAGAGCUCUCACCUGACUCAGCACCAGCGAAUUCACACGGGAGAGAAGCCCUACAAGUGCAACGAGUGUGACAAAGCCUUCAGCCGCAGCACGCACCUGACCGAACACCAGAACACGCACACGGGGGAGAAACCUUAUAACUGUAACGAGUGCAGGAAGACUUUCAGCCAGAGCACGUACCUCAUCCAGCACCAGAGGAUUCAUUCGGGAGAGAAGCCUUUUGGAUGUAGUGACUGCGGGAAAGCCUUCCGAUACCGCUCGGCUCUCAACAAGCACCAGAGACUGCACCCGGGCAUAUGACCCUUGCGGGAACAUCACAGACGUGGCGGACACGUUUGCUCCGGUCUGUCCUUUGGUUAAGUGCUGAAGAUUCAGAGUGAAGUGAGAAACUGCCUAAAAGAUGUUAACUUUUCACGGUCGCACUAUGGAAGGGAAAGUACAUUGGGAUGAAGUAAUCCAGCGGUUUUCAAGCAACUUUGUGACAUUGGAAAAUUCGACUGUUUUAAGCUUCACUUUGCUCCGUGAAUGAGGGGAUUUGGAGUGGACGCUUUCAAAGGUUGUUUGGAAUUUUAUAUUCCGCUUUUUUGUGUUCACAGUGUACUCUUGAACGGGGUCACUGCACGUCAGCAUUUUGCUGUGUCGCAUCUAGAGUGUGUAUAUUUAUGCAUGUUUUGCCAAUAGAAAGCGUCUGUGCUUCAGUAACUAGGCUGGGGAUCUAUUAUGCUUCUGUUCUAAUGCAUUUAAGUUGAUUAACUGGUUCCUAAUAAAAAGAACUGUAAAGCA